AUGAUCUCGGUGCCCCUCAAGGCUACCAACGAGAUUGACUGGAUUGAGCCUCUGAAGGGCUAUAUCCGCGAUACUUAUGGCGAUGAUCCAGAACGCUAUGCAGAGGAGUGUGCGACACUGAAUCGAUUGAGACAAGAUGUGCGUGGCGCUGGAAAGGAUAGCACUUCUGGACGAGAUAUGCUUUAUCGCUACUAUGGGCAGCUCGAGCUUCUUGACCUACGAUUUCCUGUUGAUGAGCAGCACAUCAAGAUAUCCUUUACAUGGUUCGACGCAUUUACACACAAAUCUACUGCGCAAUAUUCGCUCGCCUUCGAGAAAGCCUCUAUCAUAUUCAACAUCUCUGCUGUUCUCUCCUGUCACGCUGCUGCUCAAGACCGCGCCGAGGAGUCCGCCCUCAAGACUGCCUACCACAACUUUCAGGCUUCAGCUGGCAUGUUCACUUACAUCAACGAAAACUUCCUCCAUGCGCCAUCAUCCGACCUUAGUAGAGAGACUGUCAAGGCACUGAUUCAUAUCAUGCUCGCACAGGCUCAGGAAGUAUUCCUUGAAAAGCAAAUUGCUGAUAAGAAAAAGAUUGGGUUGCUCGCAAAGUUGGCUGCUCAGGCUGGCUAUCUAUAUGGCCAGGCCCUUGAAGGUGUUCAGGAAAAUGUGAACAAGGCUAUUUUUGAGAAAGUGUGGCUGUUAAUGAUACAGAUCAAAACCAACCUGCUGAACUCUAUGGCACAAUACUAUCAAGCAUUAGCGGAUGACGAGGCUAACCAGCACGGUAUCGCUGCUGGAAGACUGCAAGUUGCCGAGGCCCAAGCAAAAGAAGCCGAGCGCAUUGCUAGGAACUUUCCUAGCUCGGUUCCCAUGAGCUCGAACCUGAGUGCCGACUGUGGAGGAUUUCUUCAGGAAAUUACGAAAAGACAUCACUCGACAGUGCAAACUCAGCUGCAAAGUGCUUUGAGAGAUAAUGACUAUGUGUACCAUCAAGAAGUGCCCGCCGAGGCCAGCCUGGAAGCCGUCGCCAAGCUGCCAGCCGCGAAGCCAAUUCCUGUCAGCGAGCUAUAUGCUGGUCAAGACAUUCAACGAAUCACUGGACCAGACCUUUUCGCUAAAAUCGUGCCGUUUGCUGUUACGGAGUCUGCCAGCUUAUAUGAUGAAGAGAAAGCCAAGCUUGUACGAGCUGAGGCAGAACGGGUGGAAACGGCCAAUGAUGAAAUGGCAGCUAGCCUGGAUUAUUUGAGGCUGCCAGGAGCAUUGCAAGUGCUCAAGGGUGGAUUCGACCAGGAUACCCUGCCUGACGAGGACUUCCGGCAGUGGUGCGCUGAUGUUUCUGACCAAGACAACCCGGUAACCUUGUUCGAUUCGCUCCGGUCCGAGAAGGAUUCCAUCCUCAUGAUCCUGGAUAAGAGCACGAAGCAACUCGAUAUGGAGGAAGGUGUAUGUGAAAAAAUGCGAUCCAAGUAUGAAAACGACUGGACACAGCAGCCAAGCUCGAGACUCACAACGACAUUACGGGGCGACAUUCGCCAUUACCGUGAGGCUUUGGAUGAGGCAUCAAGGAGUGACAACCAGCUAGCGGGUAAACUUCGACAGAACGAAAUGGAUUUUGAUGAAAUGCGACGGGCUGCUCAGUCAGGAGAAGUCGACCAGCUGUUUCAACGUGCCGUUGCACAAGCGCGAGCAAGGGGAAGUAACGCAACAAGCCCAGCUGGCAUCGAGCCGAAUCUUUUGGAUGACGAUUUUGAAGAGGGUCCUAGUGUUGUGGAUCAGAUCAACAGGGUUGAGGAUAUUCUCAAGAAACUCAACCUUAUCAAGCGAGAACGAAACCAGGUGCUGAAGGAUUUGAAGGAGAAGGCCCACAACGACGAUAUUUCCCAGAUUCUCAUAUUGAAUAAGAAGUCUAUAUCUAAUUAUGAGACGCAGCUCUUUGAGCAAGAGCUGGAAAAGUUCCGGCCUCAUCAAAACCGACUUUUGCAAGCCAAUCACAAGCAGUCGGCUUUGAUGAAGGAGCUCACGAACACGUUCAACAGAUUAUUGCAGGAUAAGCGAGUUCAAUCGGAACAGAGCAAAUAUGAGGCAAUCCAGCGGCAGCGAUCAUCAGUCAUCAACCGAUAUAAGCGCGCAUACCAGGAAUUCCUGGACCUUGUCGCAGGCUUACAGAGCGCCAAAAAUUGGUAUGCUGAGAUGCGCGAGACAGUAGAGAGCUUGGAGAAGAACGUCGACAGCUUUGUCAACAACCGUAGAUCUGAGGGCGCGCAGCUACUCAACCAAAUUGAGCAGGAGCGGUCAUCGAGCAAGAACUCGCAGGCCGAGAUGGAGCGAGAGAGACUCAGGGGUCUCAUGGACCGAAUGUCGAUAGACCCUUCCAAGUCAUCGCCACAGCCUCAGACGCAAAAUCGGCCAGCACCCCCCUCGCAGUAUCAGCAGGGACAGAAUCCUCGAUAUCCGCAAACCAAUUACCAAGGCCAGUAUCAGGCGCCGAACUCACCUCCGGUGCAGAAACAAACCCUGGCUCAACAAGCAUACCAGAACUUUUCUCCGCCACCAACAACACAAUCGUUCGGACCUCCUCCUAUCAACACUUUCGUGCAGCCUACAUAUAAUCCAAGUCAGUAUGGACGUACACCUGGACCUACGUCGCCUCCCCCGAACCAAACGUCGUUCAACAUCGGAGGCUACCGGGGCCCUGCAUCACCGCCUCCUAACCAGACAACGUUCGGACAAACUCAAUCAUUUGGAGGAUACGGAGCUUCAGCUACACCACAGACACAGGGAGGCUAUGUGCCACCUGGAUUCGUGCCACCUCCGCCACCUCCUGGGCCACCACCGCUUGGACCUCAACAGACAUUUCAUUAUGGAAAUCAGCCUAGCAGCGCGCACCCAAACAGUGCUUAUCCACAGAGUGCGCAUCCUCAAUCAGCAGUCCCUCAGCAACAGCAGCAAAAUGAUCCCUGGGCAGGGCUGAAUGCAUGGAAGUAA